AUGAGAUCUGGGAGGAAGGCUGGUAUGCGCAUAAGCGCGAAGGACGCUGAAGUUAUGGGGAUCGAGGUGCAACCAUAUCACGUCAUUAUUGGAACCGCAGCCUUCGUUGUCUGCGUUUUGCUGCUCCAUUUCUAUGGCAAGCUCAGCUCCAUUAGUGCUUAA